CCGGUCCCGUUCCGGGCGCGGCUGCGGGCACGGCUCGGUGCGGCUGUCGGCCAUGGCCCCGGGGAAGGCCCCGUGCCGGCGGCGCAGCAGCGACUCGGGCGUGGAGCCGGACCGCGGGGCGCUGGCCCGGGACAGGGACCAGCGCACCGCGCUCUCCCAGAAGAAGAGGGACCAGCGCAUCGCGCUCUUCCUCAGCGACUUCGACCAGCAGGCCAAGGAGCACAUCCAGGAGAUGAAGAAAGAGCUCGAUUCGCUUUUGCAGACAGCGGAGAAGGCGUUUGCGGUGGAGCUGCUGACGAUGCCGGCUGCCGUCAGGAAGAUGAAGAGGAAAGAGGUGCUCGCUGGAAAUUAUAGGAGCCACACAGAGAUCAAACCUGAACCUCUUGAAGAACUUGAGUUUACUGUAAGCCUGAAUUUGCAAGGACAGGAGGAAGUGGCUCUUGCUGCUGCAGUGACUGACUGCUCUGUAGAAGACAUGCCAAAUCCCAAAUUAGUGAGGACCAACAGCAAAAAAGUGAAGGUAACUACAAUUGUUGAAUAUGAAGAUACCAAGCACGGUUCUGCAAAGAAAAUAACUAAAAAAAUUUCCAAAACCAGGUCGCUGGUUUCACUGGCCUCUGGUUUAAGUGGCAAACUGAACCCUCUUUCUAGUGCCACAAAUCUCAAAGCCACUCCAAAGGGAGCUAAAAGUGCUGGAUUACAACAGACUGUCUCAAGAACUUUACCUGCCAGUGGAAGAGGUCAAGGCAUGUUAAAGAGAAGUAAAUCAGUACCCCAACAUAAAAGUGUUCCAUUUGUCAACAUUCCCCUGGCUGAUGGACAGACACUCUGUACAGCUGGUGGAGACCUCCGUAACAUUGAUGUGCAGCUCCUAAAUCAGGAUACAGUACAGCACAUCCAUAACCUGGUGAGUGAGCUGACUGUCCUAUGUGGAAAGGUAACACCUAAACCAAGUUAAUGGAACUGUCUGGUGACUACAGUUAAUGGAACUGUUGGUGACAGCUCUUGCCUGCUGCCUCCAAAGUGUUGAAAUCAUGUCUAUUAUGUCUUAAUAAAGCUGUAUACUGCCCAGUAAA